AUGGGGAAGAACGCCCAGCAAAAGAACAAGAAGCGGAAAAGGCAGGAGCUCUCCGCAGCUGCUGUCGCUUCCACCCAUCUUCCCCCGCCUGACUCUGACGAUCCGACCUCGGAUCAACUCAUCUCUCCCGCGGAGCUCCAAUCCACCUUGCUCGUCCUCCGCACGCUCGUCGAGAACCCAGAUGAGCUCUCGGAUCCCUACCUCAAACCGCUCAAGCGGGAUAUACACGAUAUCCACCGUAUCCUCACCGAAGGGACUACCCUCGGCACGUCCCUCACCGCCAAGGUAUCCGCAGCUCUGCAGGAGUCGAGGUUCACCGAUGCCCUCAUCCUGCUAUUCGAAAUGUACACUCGGCGGCUCCCGCCAAAGCUCGGGGCGAUACAGCGGUGGGUGAGGGAGUGCGAUGCUACGUCGGAUGUAGAUGAGGAGGGGGAUCCAGAGGCGAUGCGGUGUCUGGAUAUGAUAUUACGGGUGGCGAGUAUGGGGACUGAGGCGGAGAAGGAGGCGGAUACGAGGGUUGUAAGGGGAACAAAAGCUGUAUGGCGGGCGAGAGAGAAGACUCGAGGAGAGAUCCAGGUGUGGGGGAUGAUGUCGGCGGGAAAACUAUUUGACACUCCACCCGUAUCGCCUUACCCCAACUUCCGCCCAGUCCACCAUGUUCCAGGUCCCCUCCGUCGUCCUCCUAAUCUGUACGAUUCCACAGUCUACGCUUCCGCCCCAUCCGCCAUCUCCCUCUCCCCCUCUCCUCCCACGCCCGCACGCCUCGACGUCCCCGGCGUCCCCGGCGCCUUCAUCAUCCUCGACGUCUUUACCCCUGCCGAAUGCCUACAAAUCGUCCAAGCGGCCUCGGCGAUCGGAUUCGAAUCAGACGAAGCGGCCGAGGGAAGCGCUCGAGCCAAGACGUCUAUCCUCGCCAAGAACUUUGUCUGGCUCGCAGAUAAGCCAUUCCUUGAGCACUUUUACGAUCGGAUAAAGGGGUUCUUCCCUCAGACGGCGCCGGUCGCGGAUGGGGCAGGCGGUGUGGUGAAUGGAGGAGGCAGGCUGAGGGGAAUCAACGCCAGGUUCAGGGUGUAUCAGUAUACCCAGAACCAGGUCUACAGGCCACACAUCGACGGCGCAUGGCCAGCAGCGGGUCUACACCCCGAGACCGGCGAGUACAUGCACGACUCGUCACCGCCCGAUAACCCCCUCUGGUCUCGCUACACCCUUCUCGUCUACCUCAACCAGGAUAUCCCGACCGACACUGGCUGUACGACCUUCUUUCUCCCUUCUCCGGAUCGGAUAGGAAGUAUGGACUCGGUCAAGGUGGCUCCUAUCCAGGGCGCGGUGUUGUGUUUCCCACAUGGCGAUACGCACGGCUCACUCUUGCAUGAAGGUUCAGCGGUCGGGGCGGGGGGCGGCAAAAUCGUCAUCCGGACGGAUCUGUUGUAUGAAGCGAAGGGCUUCGGGGCGUUCAAGCCGCCUGCGAGUGUGGGAGUGAAGCAAGGGGGAAAGGGGGAGGAGGGAGCUGGCGGGUAG